CCUUUCAUAAAAGAGCGAAACUCUUGGCAGGCGCGCCAUUUUGCGUAGCACACCGGUUUACAAUGGCAGAUCAAAUUCCUACAUUUAAACUUGUUCUUGUUGGAGAUGGUGGCGUGGGAAAGACAACAUUCGUCAAAAGACACGUCACAGGAGAAUUUGAGAAGAAAUAUGUCGCCACACUCGGUGUUGAGGUCCAUCCUUUGAAAUUUCACACAACUCGUGGUGAGAUCAUCUUCAAUGUAUGGGAUACAGCUGGUCAAGAAAAAUUCGGUGGUCUGAGAGAUGGUUACUACAUUCAAGGACAGUGCGCCAUUAUAAUGUUUGAUGUCACAUCUCGUGUGACCUACAAAAAUGUUCCCAACUGGCAUAGAGAUCUGGUGCGCGUUUGUGAAAAUAUCCCCAUUGUUUUGUGUGGGAACAAAGUUGAUAUCAAAGAUCGAAAAGUGAAGGCCAAAGCCAUCGUGUUUCACCGAAAAAAGAACUUACAGUACUAUGAUAUUAGCGCCAAGAGUAACUACAACUUCGAGAAGCCUUUCCUUUGGUUGGCCAGAAAAUUGGUUGGAGAUGCGAAUCUGGAAUUUGUUGCUAUGCCUGCCCUUCAACCACCAGACAUCAAGAUGGACCCAAAUCUAGCAGCACAGUACGAACAAGAGCUACAAGCCGCAGUGGAAGUCGCACUCCCAGAUGACGACGACGAUUUAUAGAUUUUAUAAACACUUUUCAGCUCUGAUAUUUAUCACUGUUUAUAAGAGUCAAUUGAUGAACUUCUGACAUCUGUGAACUAACUUGGGACACAUUCACAAACAUUGUUUCAAAAAAAAAAGUGUAAUCAUGAACUUUAUGUUUUAUUUAAAAUGCCUAAAUGGUUUUGUUAUAUGACAAAUGUUUGUAUUUGUGUCACUUUUGUAAACAAAUAAAAUGGACAAAACUAA